CCUUAAUUGUAUUUAUUUAUAAAGAAAAUGUCUAAGUGGUGUAAAAUGUUUUGUAAUUCAAAAGAAUUGCAACUGCUUGGUACAUUGAAUGGAGGUCAAAGUUUUAGAUGGAAGAAAAUCGUUAAAGAUGAUUGUGAACUAUGGUAUGGUGUGUUUGCUUCAAAAGUUUGGAUUUUGCAGCAAUCCCAUGAUCAUAUCCUCUAUCAAGUUCACGAAAGGAUUCCAAGUGAUCCUAAAGUUAAUGAAAGUUUAUUGAAAGAUUACUUCCAAUUAGAUUUGAAUUUAGAAGAGCAUUAUGGUCAAUGGUCAAAGGCUGAUGCCAAUUUCCAAAAGGCUUCUGAACAAUUCUAUGGCAUUAGAAUAUUAAAACAGAAUCCUGUUGAAAAUAUUUUCAGCUUCAUUUGCUCCUCAUGUAAUAAUAUUUCUAGAAUAACAUCAAUGGUGGAAAAACUGGCUGAAUUUUAUGGAGAAAUCAUCUGCGAAAUUGAAGACAAAAAGUGGUAUUCUUUCGCGACCAUUGAACAUUUGGCAGGUGACAAUGUUGAAGGAAAAUUGAGGGAGUUGGGUUUUGGUUACAGAGCAAAGUAUAUAUCGAAUUCAGCUAAAACUAUAUUAAAUAACGGAGGAAUCAAAUGGGUGGAGAAUUUGAAGAGUUUGGAAUAUGAAGAUGCGAAGAGACAACUGAUGACGCUUCAGGGAAUCGGGGCUAAAGUAGCAGACUGCAUUUGUUUAAUGUCUUUGGGACAUUUACAAGCAAUUCCAGUGGAUACCCAUGUUUACCAAAUAGCUGUAAGAGAUUACAUGCCACAAUUGAAGCAGCAGAAGGCCCUAACUGAUAAGAUGUAUAAACAAAUUGGAGAACAUUUCAGAAAUUUAUAUGGUCCUCUGGCCGGUUGGGCACAUACAGUAUUAUUUUGCGCUGAUCUAAAGAAGUUCAAACCAAAUACAAGGGUGGAUGAAGGCAAAAUUACCAAAGCCACGAAAAAGAAAACCAGUAAAAAAUAG